CUGAGGGAAGAUAACCACAGUGAGACAUCUUGCAUGGGCGGGCCGGAUUUACACACACACACACACACACACACACACACACACACACACACACACACACACACACACACACACACACACACACACACACACACACACACACACACACACACACACACACACACACACACACACACACACACACACACACACACACCGUGCACAGUACACACACACGUCCUCUUCUGCAUUUCCUCGUUGCACAUGCUCAGUGUGCUACUAGUUCAGACGUACACAAGACUGACAGACAGACGGACGGAGAGAAGAAACAAACAAGAGAAGAGAGAGAGGAGAGGAACCACACGUUUACCAGUUCUCUGAGACAUGACUUCUAAAUAGGUGAAACAAUGUCUCCAUCAGAGAACUAGAACGUCAUUCUAUUCUAGUUCUGUGUUCUACAGUACAGACACAGGUUGUUCUAGAACCCUGGCAUUACUUCUAGAAGGUUUGUCAUUAGAAUUCUUACAGUUGACCACAGACAUCUAAUGUGAUUACGAGCUAAAAAACCUUCUGUGCGGAUGAAUCUACGAACGUUUUGUUUUACAGCAGAUUUGACCAUAUUUUCACGAGUUAUUGGGUCACAGUUUUCCUUUGCCAACAUAGAUCCUUUUCAGGCAUGUUGCUCGGAACCCGAAUGUAACGGCCGUUCUAGAGCUGUAGUGGACCUGACCGAUCUGUAUAGGAAGUCCAGAUGAACCGACUGCUGCUGUGUUCUGUGUUCAACGUGGUCUCAACCGUAUCUACCGGCUCCUCUUUUCUCCGUGAAGAGAAAGCGGCUGUUGUUUCUGGUUGGCUGGUCUGCCGCACUGAGAUUCAGGUGAAGUCACUGCCCUUUUCACUAACCGCCGACUGUGAGAGAAACUGUGUGGAUUGCUUCACAACUAUCUUGGCUGUUCAGAGACAAAGAGCAUAGAGAAGUCUAUCUACUGGGACUGUCACUACGUCCGUCAAUCAAACAACAGACGCAUUGAUCAGUGACCGACCUGCACUGCUCAGUGCGUCCUCUGUGGACCUCCAUCCAGACUCGCCCUCUCUCCCACCCCUUCUUGCCCAGGGACAAAGUCAGGUUGAGUGGGAUGGCUGAGGGGCAUGCUGGGCACUACCCCCAGGUGUUCGUGGUGGACAGCCAGGCGAGCUACACCCCCUUGCCCAGCGGGAGGCACCUUAGGUGGGGAGGGAUCAGCCGGAGAGCCCUUCAGCUCCUGGUGGGUCUUGCGCUGGUCGGGAUCGUCAUGGAAGCCUGCUUUAUCGUGCACUUGUACAACAGGACAGGGGCCCUGAUCGAUGCUCAAUCCUUUAUCCAGAGGAGUGGCUCAGCUCAGGGUCUGACUGGAUCUGCAG